AUGAAGGAUUCAUCGAGCGACACUGAAUACGUUGUGAACGAAGACCAUCUUAACAGCGUCAUUACUGAGUACUUAUUGUUUAGUGGGCUUAAAGAUACUGCCAUCAGGUUUAGUGAGGAGUGCGUUAAUGCUGGAAAAGCUAAUCCAAAUUUAAAUCAGAUUCAAACUGCUGCUGAAAAAGUUAAACUGCAGAGCGAUUUAAUAUCGGCCUACAAGAACGGAGAUCAUACCGAAUUCUUUUCCUUGUGGAACACCAGUUUGCCUCCUGAAACUUUGAAUGCAGAUAAGGAAUGUCAACGACUAGAAUUUUCAUUGCAAAUUUAUUUUGCAAUUUAUCCAAGGCUAUCGCCUUUAGAUUCACUGGAUGCGAGUGAGAGUAUGGCGCGUUUUAGAAAGUAUCUUGACAAUCGUGGAUCGAACUUUAGUCAAUCAAGAGAUCUACUACCAUAUUUUGCAUUACCGUUUGUGCCUGAUUUAAGAAAUCAUGAAGAGUUUAAAAGCUUAUUUAAGAAAAAUCAGGAAUUGAUCAUUAAGCGAGCUGAUCGAAAUCUACAAGCAAGUGAACAACGUGUAGUAAAAUAUAUUAAACGUUUCAAUAAAAUACAGGCUGACUAUCAUAACUUAAUCGGGAUUACUGCAGAAUUGGUGGAUGUUAUGGAGGAUUCAAUUAAAGGGAAACCGGUGACAACGGAGUAUCUUCGAACAGUUUGUAAUCGUCUUUUUGCCGGUAGUAUUGCCAAUCAAUCGGUGGAUAUCUCUCGACCCGGAACGGCUUCUGCGCUACUUCGCCAGUCUGUUGCAAUCAAUGAAAGCACAUCCAUAUUGAAACCAGUGAGAUCUUCUAUGGAUGGAAGUAACGAACCAACUGUAUUAGACUUCAAUAAAAUAAAACUAGACAUAUCCACGGAAAGCGACCCGGCUAAAGGUUUUCUGUUGCAAGCACUUCGUUGGAGAAUUACCAAAGCAUCAUCCAUUGAAUACCGUGAUGAAACAAUGGCUAGCUAUUCUUCAAACGAUUUACUCGGUUGCGUGGAAAGUGGAAAUUAUCAGGAUACACUUUUAGAAUUACUAAAUGAAGGAUUAUUGAGGCAAAGUCUUGCAAGAUUUCUUAAUGCGAUUGCAUCAUUAAGCGCUGGAAAGAUUCGUUGUGAAAGUAAAGCCAGUGCUGUCUUAAAAGUUCUUUGCGAUCUCUUAGGGCAUGAAAACCGCGAAGUUCGACCUUACGUUAAUGGUGCACUGUAUAGUAUUUUAUCAAGACCUACAAUUCGUGAAGAGGCUAAAGCCAUGGGAUUGGAAGACAUGCUCAAUUAUUAUCAGAGUGAUAGUAACGCUGAAGAAAGACGUCAAAUGGAAUUUAUUUUAAAACAAUUAAACUCAGAAAACAGACACGAUGAAGAAGAUGAUGCAGCUUCAGAUGACGAGGACGAAGAAGACGAUGAUGAUGAUCAAGAAACUCUCGAGGAGGACAUCGACAAGGACGACAAUAUUGUACCAGAUGACGGGGAUUUAUAUGGUGAAAAUCUUUUAAAAGUCAGAUAUUCGGUGGCUCUAGGUGUUAAGCACAAGAAAAGAGAAAGGGUAAUUUUACUUAGUGAAAUUGUUAUUACUUCUUACUAUCAGUCGUAA